GCCUCGCCGGUGCGCUUCAAGUUGUAACGCCAAACGCCAGCGCUUGUGUGGGUUGUGUUGUGGGACACGUCAAUAUUGUGUCCAAAUCCAAAACAAAAAUUUUGUUGGCGAGAAUUUCUAGCAAUGGAUUUCAUAAAUUCAAUUCCGACGCACAUGGACUAUGAUGGGCAGAAACGAGCAGAAAAUCUUUCCAGAUUGAUCAUCACACUCUUCGGGGUUGUUGGACUUGUCUGGGGAUACAUCAUCCAGCAAUUCUCCCAAACUGUUUACAUCCUCGGCGCCGGCUUUGUGCUUGCCUGUUUGUUGACUGUUCCCCCUUGGCCCAUGUACAGGAGAAAACCUCUGCAAUGGCAGAAGCAAAAAGAAUCUGAGUCUACAACACAUUCCAAGUCAAAGAAGAAGAAGUAAAUAUUUCUGUUAUUAAUGCACAAACUGGUUGAAUUACUGAUUUUGUUAUUCAUUUCAUUUUCUUUUUAUCUCCAGUGAAUAAGCGUCUUGUGUUAAUGUUGAACGGGCUACAAUUUCUUUAAUAAUUAAAAAAGCAUAAAUUACG